AUGAGGAUCAUGAUCAAGGGAGGCGUGUGGAAGAACACGGAGGAUGAGAUCCUCAAGGCGGCCGUGAUGAAGUACGGCAAGAACCAGUGGGCGCGCAUCUCGUCGCUGCUCGUCCGCAAGUCCGCCAAGCAGUGCAAGGCCCGCUGGUACGAGUGGCUCGACCCCUCCAUCAAGAAGACUGAGUGGACAAGGGAAGAGGAUGAGAAGCUACUUCAUCUUGCUAAACUCAUGCCUACUCAGUGGAGGACAAUUGCACCUAUUGUAGGUCGAACACCAUCUCAGUGUCUUGAACGUUAUGAAAAAUUGCUUGAUGCUGCAUGUGCAAAGGAUGAAAACUAUGAGGCCAAUGAUGACCCUAGGAAGCUGCGGCCUGGUGAGAUUGACCCAAACCCUGAGUCAAAGCCUGCACGUCCUGAUCCUGUUGAUAUGGAUGAAGAUGAAAAAGAAAUGCUUUCUGAGGCUAGGGCUCGUUUAGCUAACACUAGGGGUAAAAAGGCAAAACGGAAGGCAAGAGAGAAACAACUUGAAGAGGCAAGACGGCUUGCAUCACUACAGAAAAGGAGAGAAUUGAAGGCGGCUGGUAUUGAUACACGCCACAGAAAAAGAAAGAGAAAGGGGAUUGACUACAAUGCUGAGAUCCCAUUUGAAAAGAGACCACCUCCAGGUUUUUAUGACACUGUUGGUGAAGACAGGCCACUUGAACAUGUACAGUUUCCAACAACCAUUGAGGAGCUUGAAGGGAAGAGAAGAGCAGAUAUAGAGGCACAGUUAAGAAAACAAGAUAUCGCCAGGAACAAGAUCCUGCAGCGACAGGAUGCCCCUGCUGCUAUAAUGCAAGCGAAUAAACUAAAUGACCCAGAAGCUGUCACAAAGAGGUCAAAGCUAAUGCUGCCACCUCCCCAAAUUUCUGACCAUGAGUUAGAGGAGAUAGCAAAGAUGGGCAAUGCUGGUGAUCCUGCUUUAGCUGAUGAGCUUGGUGAAGGAAGUACUGCCACAAGAACUUUGCUUGCCAGCUAUUCUCAGACUCCAAGGCUUGGUAUGACACCAUUGCGAACUCCGCAACGAACUCCAGCUGGGAAGGGUGAUGCAAUUAUGAUGGAGGCAGAAAAUCUUGCACGUCUUAGAGAAUCACAAACACCUCUAUUAGGAGGUGACAACCCAGAGCUUCAUCCAUCAGAUUUCUCUGGUGUUACACCACGUAAGAAGGAGAUACAGACACCGAAUCCAAUGGCAACACCUUUGGCAAGCCCUGGACCUGGUAUUACUCCAAGGAUUGGUAUGACACCAUCUAGAGAGGGGCACAGCUUUGGUUUAACACCAAGAGGAACUCCUUUUCGUGAUGAACUGCACAUAAAUGAAGAGGUGGAAAUGCAGGACAGCACUAAACUUGAGCUUCGUAGGCAAGCUGAAAUGAAAAAAAGCCUGCGAUCUGGUUUUGCUUCUAUUCCACAGCCAAGGAAUGAGUACCAGAUAGUCAUGCCACCUAUUACAGAGGAUGAGACAGAAGAAGCUGAAGAGAAAAUUGAAGAGGACAUGUCAGACAGACUGGCACGAGAAAGGGCUGAGGAACAGGCUAGGCAGGACGCAUUGCUCAGAAAGAGAUCCAAAGUGUUGCAGAGGAGUCUGCCUAGGCCACCUGCUGCUUCAGUAGAAAUUAUCCGGCAAUCUCUUAUUAGAAUUGGAGAAAGCAGAAGCAGAAGCACCUUUGUGCCUCCUACAUCACUUGAACAAGCUGAUGAACUAAUAAAUGAGGAGCUCCUUAGGCUUCUUGAGCAUGAUAAUGCAAAAUAUCCUCUUGAUGAAAAAACUCAAAAAGAGAAAAAGAAAGGGAGCAAGCGUCAGCAAAAUGGGGGAGCUCUUGUCCCUGAAAUUGAUGAUUUUGAUGAAGAUGAACUAAAAGAGGCUAGUUCUAUGGUUGAAGAGGAGAUUCAAUAUCUUCGAGUGGCCAUGGGUCAUGAAAAUGAAUCUUUUGAGGACUUUGUGAAAGCACAUGAUGCAUGCCAAGAGGACCUUAUGUUUUUUCCUACCAACAAUAGCUAUGGUUUAGCUAGUGUUGCUGGAAAUGCUGAUAAGAUUUCUGCUUUGCAAAAUGAGUUUGAAACUGUGAAGAAGCGAAUGGAUGAUGAAGCUAAGAAGGCUUCUCGGCUUGAGCAGAAGAUUAAGCUUCUGACACAAGGACAUCAGGUACGGGCUGGAAAACUGUGGUCACAGGUCCAAGAUACAUUCAAGCAGAUGGACACUGCUGCAACAGAACUCGAAUGCUUCCAAGAGCUGCAGAAACAGGAACAUCUUGCUGCUUCGUAUCGAAUCCUAAAUCUGACUGAAGAAGUGAAUAAACAGAAAGCACUAGAAAGGACCCUCCAGAGCCGCUAUGGUGAGCUGGUUUCUGGUUUUCAGAGGAUCCAAGAACAGCUCGAGGAGCACAAGAAGCAACUCAAGGUACAGGAGGCAAUAGAAGCCGAAAAUCGUGCUCAGGAAGAGGAAGUUGCGGCACCGAAUCAUGCUGCUGAGGAAGAGGAUGAAAGUAAGCCUCUCAGCUCUGAAGAGAAGUCACAGCAGACAAAUAGAGCUACUGAUGACGAGGCUGCAGGAAGCAAGGGAACCACCGAGAAUCAGAUGGAUGUGGACAGCGGGAAUGUAGACGGUGGAUUCGUAGGGCCUCCUAUCCCACCAGCACCAGACACUGAAGGGGAUAAUGAUGAAGUAUCAGUUCAAGAGAACACUUCUAACACCCAGAGUAGUGAGUGUGCCUCCACGAAUGAUGGGGCUGACAAGAUCGAUCAAGCCAAGUUAGGUCAGGAUAAAGCAGAUGACAUUAUGGCUGCUGAUGCUGGCCCUCAGGAAGAGGGCAAGGAUGAACUUGCACCUGUUGGCGCCAGCAUAAGUGAAGAAAACACCACUGUAUCUUUGGAUCAAGCUGUCUCAAAGGAGGAUGAAGGCAGGGCUCCUGAAUGA